CCUGUUUCACUCAAGAGUAGCGAACUUUUAUGCGCAUGCGCUGUAAGUAAAACCAUGGAAGCAGGCCAACCGUAUCUCCUCCCUAGCCCCGCACACUCUCCCCGGGUCCCGGAUUUACCGUCUGAUAACCCAUAUGCCGAUAAUGUGGAGGAGACAGGUCAUACUAUGGAGCGGAAGGGAAGCCUAGUGUCCAGGGCCAAUAGCAUUGGAUCCACCAGUGCCUCUUCAGUCCCUAAUACAGCCCGCUGCAUGAUCGACAAUGCUUCUUCCCCAACCUCAGAUGACGAGGACAGUGAUUACCAUCAAGACAAUCUGAAAGAUACCUACAAAGACAGACGCAGGAGAGCACACACACAAGCUGAGCAGAAGAGGAGAGUUGCUAUCAAGAAAGGUUAUGACGACUUACAGACUAUUGUGCCCACCUGCCAGCAACAAGACUGCUUUAUUGGAGCACAAAAGCUAAGCAAGGCGGUUGUUUUGCAGAAAACUAUAGAUUAUAUUCAGUUUCUGCACAAAGAGAAAAAGAAACAGGAAGAGGAGGUAUCCAUUUUACGCAAGGAGGUCAUGGCCUUGAAGAUUAUGAAAUCAAAUUACGAGCAGAUUGUAAAGGCUCAUCAGAGCAACCCGCACGAGGGCACUGACCAGGUUUCUGACCAGGUGAAGUUCCGUGUAUUUCAGGGUAUCAUGGACUCGCUAUUCCAGACGUUCAAUGCCUCGGUCUCUGUAAAUAGUUUCCAGGAGCUCUCAGCAUGUGUAUUCAGCUGGAUAGAAGAACACUGCAAACCACAGAAGCUGCACGAUAUUGUAAUGAGAGUUCUGCACCAGCUGAAGAAUCCGCUAUACUGAGAAGAAGUUGCUCCCCUGUAAGAUGACAGUAGCAAAUUACUAACUUUUGAUAAAUGAUGUUGCUUGUCACCUGAACUAUUUUCUUAAGUGCUCAAUUUUCGUAAGUGCUAUUAUCACAGGUUUGUUGUGAAACAUGGCAUUGCUUAAUCUACAGUGUCCACAGCAUUAACAUGUCAUGGUGGCUGAUGGGCCUUCUUAAUCUAUCUGUGUGAAAGCAAAAAAAAUUCAAAAUGUGCUAACACAGGAAAAGAA